GAGCACAUAUCGUAUUUGCAUGUUACUCCACUGCUUAACGCGUUUCCUUCUUCCCACGUCCCCUGCAGCCCUGUGACCCUGUCCCAUGACUCCGGCCUAUAUAAUCCCCGCACUUUCACUUGAACACACAUUGCAUCCCCAGCUAGUCUCUCUCCAUCAGCUUCCCCGCUUUGUAUAAGAAAAGAUAAAAUGUCGCAGCUGCUAAAAAGCUCCUUAGCUUUCAUCUUCAUCGUUCUUCUUCCUGUAUUGUUACAACUCAUACUCAUCACUCAAGCCCAACUAACACCACCCCCACCACCCCAAGCACAAACUCAAGCCCCACCAACAUCACCACCACCACCACAGCAAGCACAGACUCAAGUUCCAACACCACCACCGCCGCCGCCGCCGCAAGCACAGACUCAAGCCCCACCACCACCACCAGCAGGACAAACUCAAGCCCCUUCAAUUGCCUGCAAAACCUCCGUUUACCCCAAACUAUGCCGCUCACUCCUAUCCGCAUUUCGCAACGCCCCCUCAAACCCUACCGGCUACGGCAAAUUCACAGUCAAACAAAGCCUCAAACAAGCUAAAAGGCUCUCGAAAACCAUCAACCGCUACUUGAAAAAAUCCAAGCAAAAGAUCGAACUGGGCCACGAGGAGCGAAAUGCAAUCCAGGAUUGUGGGCAACUCUUCGAGCUUACGGUGGAUUACUUGGAGACCAUCACCCUGGAGCUCAAGAAGGCCGAGUCACUCACCGACGGACUUAUCGGUAAAAUCGAGACGUUGUUGAGCGGGGUGAUGACGAAUCAGGACACGUGCUACGAUGGGCUGGUGGAUAGCGGGAGUAACUUGGCAGCCGCUUUGAAAGAGCCCAUCUCGGAUGCCACCGUACUGUACAGCGUUUCACUAGGGUUGGUGACACGUGCCAUCGGACGUGAUCGGAAGCGUGGGCCUCGGAAGGGGAAUGUGUGGCCGGGACAAGGCUUCCCCACCAACAUUACCUUGUCGAAACUGAAAAAGUACCUGCGUGAAUAUGCAAAGGGAGGUCCCGGGCGCAGGUUGGGCGACGAAGAAAGCGGCAUCGUGGUUGAUGACAUCGUGGUCGUCGACCCAGAAGGAUAUGGCAACUUCACAACCAUACAGGCUGCUGUUGAUUCUGCACCAAUGAACUCGAAGCCCGAAGAUGGCUACUUCAUUAUUUAUGCUGUCAAAGGAGUUUACGAGGAAUAUGUCGUUGUACCUAAACAGAAGAAGAAUGUAAUGUUGCUCGGCGUCGGAAUUAACCGCACCAUCAUCACCGGAAAUCACAGCGUUGUCGAUGGAUGGUCCACCUUCAAUUCUGCCACAUUCGCUGUGAUGGGGGAGAGAUUUGUUGCGAUAGACGUGACGUUCAGGAACACGGCCGGACCCGAAAAGCAUCAGGCGGUCGCGGUGCGAAACAACGCCGACCUCUCCACCUUCUACAGGUGCAGUUUCGAAGGCUACCAAGACACUCUCUACGUCCAUUCUCUUCGCCAAUUCUACAGAGAAUGCGACAUCUACGGAACCGUAGAUUUCAUCUUCGGCAACUCCGCUUCCGUCUUCCAGAACUGCAACAUCUACGCCCGCAAGCCCAUGCCUAACCAGAAGAACGCGAUCACCGCUCAAGGCCGGUCCGACCCGAACCAGAAGACCGGGAUUUCAAUCCACAAUUGCACCAUCCAGGCCGCCCCGGACCUGGCCGAAGACACGAAUGGCACGACCAAGAAUUACUUGGGCAGGCCCUGGAAAGAGUAUUCCAGGACCGUGUACAUGCAAUCGUUUAUCGGGGACCUGAUUUCUCCGGACGGGUGGCUGGAGUGGAACGGAACAGUGGGAUUGGACACGUUGUAUUACGGUGAGUACAGGAACCACGGGCCGGGGUCGAACACGAGCAGCAGAGUUCAGUGGCCUGGGUAUGGGAGAUUGACGGCCACUCAGGCUUGGAACUUCACUGUUUUUAAUCUCACGUUGGGAGACACUUGGCUGCCCUUGACUACUAUACCCUUUGUGGAAGGGUUGCUCAACGACGUUGAUUAGUUGACUAGUUGCAUUUCAUGUGUCGAAGGGUAAUUUGCUUAGAACAGUGGGUACUUUUUUAGUUCUGGGCAAUUUGUAUUGGAUUAAUUGUUUGUAACCUCAGAAUAAUUGCAUAUUAAAAGAUCGAUGUUUUUUUUAAAACA